AUGGAUUUUAUAUUUGGUGACUUUGAAAUGUCUCUAACCUAUUUCAUUCUGAACGGGUUCGAAGUGAAUCCUGACUACUACGCAUGUCCAGAUGAUGUGUCAUUGAGACCUGUUGGAGUUCGACAGAAAUUUUGGGGUGCCUACUUUUUCUUGACCAUCGCUACCAGCGAUCUCAUGAAAACUCCAGCUUAUAAAAGUAUGUUUGUUUUGGCUAUCUACGACAUCUCAUCCACGUUCAUGCACUCCAUUGCCACUGGAGUCUUUGGAUUCUAUGGAGUUGCUUAUUGUGACUACCCACGGCUGAAUCUGGUGUUUGGAAGUAUUGCCCUUGGUUCAUGGUUGGGUUGUUGUAUCACUAGUAUGCUAUUAUUAGAAAUUGUGACGUUUGUCCGACGCUGA